AUGGAGCAAGUCUGUGCACGAUGUGCGAGACUCGGCCUCAGGCCAAGAUCUACUGUUUCGUCAGCUCCGCUGGCCAUCAAUGCUAGAGGAUUUUCCAGCUCAAGAGUCUCAUGUGAUGAAGGUGACCAAAAGCCAUCUCGCUGGCCAAGUGGCAGACCUCUAUCUGGUCCCUCCCUACGCGGCGCGCUUGACAGAAACACCGCGAGUGGUUCGGCUGCUCGACCACAAUCACGGCCAGCAGGAACAAUCCUGCGACGAACAGCUACACCACGAAUACAAAACCCUGGACCAGCCGGGACAGCUACUCGAAGUGGGACAGCUACUGGAGCAGGAGCAGGAGCAGGUUCUCGCGCGCCACUACCGCCCGGCCGCCUUCUACAACGCACUGGAGCGCCGCGUCAAAGCCAACAGCCUGUAGCUCGACGAACGGCUGGGCGAGGCCAACAACCCCUACAGGCGCAACGACGAGAUCAGCCCAGAUCCUCUGCAGCGACUGGCAAGCACACCGACCGGCGAGUCCGCCGCCUCGUCGAGAAGACCAAAACUUCCCUUGCCGAAGAAGAAGAUUCGUCUGCGCUCGCCGCCGAAGACCUCCCCAGCCGCGUUGAGCACUACAUCAACACAAUCGUGGACCCACCCGUCAACCCGACGACCGAACUCCCUCACGUACCCGGUAAGGAUCUCUCCGUCUCUGAAUUGCGCAAGGAUUGGCCAAACACACCACUCUCCAACUCCGGGUUAGUGGAGAGUGUGCAACAAAGGAUCGAGUGGCUCGCACAUCGAAUUCCGCAUGGAUAUCAGACACCGGGACAAUUGGCGGAAUGGUACACCAAGGGGUAUUUCACGCGCUUCGAAUCCGAGUCGGAGAAGGAAGAGGUCUUGAAACUUGCGCAGGAAAUGGCCAGGGCGGAGGCGGAUAAGGAGACCGAGAAGACAAACGUCGAAGUCCAGCCCAAGGACAUGGAGUUUGAUGACGUGGUUACCCGCGCGGCCGAGCGCAAGGGCCUCGCGGAUACCUACGUGCGUGGCGUAUAUCCCGAAGUCAAGAAGCAGAAGAUGCCGUUUUUGGACCAGAUCGUGCGCAAUCUGAACAACAACGCGACGUUUCCCCAUGGCAAGACCGAGCAGUUUAUGCAGACGGUGCAGAGGGUUAUCGUGUCGCGUGCGUAG